CUCGACCAAUCCUCUAUUGUGCUACUUCCAACAAAGAAAGAAAUGGAGAGAGCACCUGAAGCGGAAGGACAGAAGUGGGCUAAACAAGAUGAUGAAGCUGGUUAUGCCGAGGAUAAUACCUCCACGCCAUGGCUAAAGCUGGGCUCCGAUGCACUGACAAGUGAAGAAGCUAACCCUCCAGAGGCCAAACCUGCUGCCACCCCUCAAUGGACGUUUUCCUGCAAUUACUGCAUGAGGAAGUUCUUCAGCUCACAGGCACUUGGCGGGCAUCAGAAUGCACACAAGAGGGAGAGGUGUGCAGCCAGGAAGUCACACAGCUUUCAGCAACUGAUGAUGGGCUUUCCUCCAACUGCUUCGUUUAUCCCACCUAUGAGGGUUUACCCCCACUCCACAGUUCUGACAGCGCAAGAUGAAAGACCCGCUGUUGUUGCAAGGUUUCAUGAAGGCCAGAUGAGAAGCUGGAUGCCUUUUGCAGUUGAAGAAGCUGGCGGUUUAGUGUGGCCUGGGAGCUUCAAAGGAAAUCUUCAAGAACCCAAGAAGCAACUGGAGCAAAAUAUUGACUUGAGCUUGCAUUUAUAAUUUUUAAUCUACAAUCAUUAUGUAUAAACAUUUUCUUGGUAGUAACUAUUUUUCUAUCUUAUUUUUAGGCAUGGGGAUAAGACUUGUUCCAAACCCUGUCUGCUCACUGUUACACCCACCAGGAGAGUUCUUGGACAACUUGUUUAAAUAAAAAGCAGUAAUCUGUUUGUGAUAA